AUGAGUCCAUGUCCACGCCCUCGCCAGAAGACAGUCCUCGUAACAGGCUGUUCCCUCGGCGGUAUCGGCCAUGCGUUGUGUCAGACGUUCCGAAAACAAGGGCUCCAUGUCAUCGCAACCGCUCGCAGAGAGGAUGUAAUCGCCGAACUAGUUGCCGAAGGCUUUGACGCGCUGCAGUUAGACGUGGCAAGCGAGGAAAGCAUAGCUGCUUGCCACAAACAAGUUCAAGAUAGAACAGGAGGCAGGCUGGAUAUCCUCGUUAACAACGCUGGACGGAUUCACAUCUCCCCGGCCACAGAUUUAUCCAUAUCAGACGUCCGCGCCACCUUUGAGACAAACGUCUUUGGCGUCAUGGCCAUGGUCAAGGCCUUCGCAGACCACCUAAUCGCGGCGCGGGGCCUAAUCAUCAACAUCUCCUCCUGCGCGGCCGUGACGCCGUAUAUGUUCGCGUCGGUCUACUGCGCCAGCAAGGGCGCCAUCGCGAGCUACAGCCGCACCCUGCGACAGGAGCUGCGGCCCUUUGGGGUCCGCGUCAUGGUCGCCAUGGCGGGCACUGUCAAGUCUAGGAUCGCUGAGAAGCCGCAGCCUAGUCUCGCGCCGGGGUCGCUUUACGCCAAGAUGGGCGGUCUGUACGCGCGAUACGUCCACCUGAGCCAGGAGGAGGGGGCAACGGAUACGGAGGUGUUUGCGGAGGAGCUGGUUGGUAAUGCGCUGAAGUCUGAGGGCGGGUUCCUUGGGCGGCCGGACUGGUUGUGGUGCGGUGGUAUGUCGAGGAAGAUAUGGUGGGCGUUGAAACUGUUUGGGGAAUGGGUCAUUGAUUGGCAGACUUGGCAAAUGUUUGGGCUGGCGAAAUUGCAGAGAAUUGUCGAGGACGAGAGAAUCGCGAAUGAUUCAAAGCGCGACUGA